AUGACAACAAGUGGAGUUGAAUCGGUAUCGACUACGGUGAAUGAGGGGUUGAAGCCACAGACUGAGGGCAGUGAAGAGAGGCGUCCAACAACCUUUAAGGAGUUGCGGCCCUCAUGGUUGACACCUUUCUUCGGUGCAAACGAGCCGGAACCAUACAAACCACCCGAACGCGGUCACCCGUGCAAGGCUUUCAGUCGGCAGGUGCACGAAUGUCUUGACAGAAAUGGCAAUAAUGUGGAUUUUUGCCAGUCGAAGUUGGCUCUUUUGCAAUCGUGCCUAAAGGAGUUAGGUCUGUAG